UCAAUUUACAGAUAUGUCAAUGUCACUCUUCUAUCAAAAGUGUCGAGUUGCAGUGUAUUGUGGUAAUUUAAGUGUUAAAAUUACAAAAAGAUUAAUUUACACACACAAAAUGAGUGAAAAACCAACAGUUCCCAUGACUAACGGCUUCGAGAGCAAAACGCCAUUUCUAAUCGGAGUUGCUGGCGGUACGGCAAGUGGCAAGUCAACAGUAUGCCAAAGGAUUAUGGAGAAACUGGGACAGCAGCACAAAGAACAAACUGAACGGCGAGUUGUCUGCAUCAGUCAGGACUCCUUCUACCGCACUCUCACCACGUCAGAGAGGCUGAGGGCCGAGCGGGGACAGUUCAACUUCGACCACCCGGACGCAUUUGACGACAAGAAGCUCCUCGCCGUGCUCAAAGACAUCCUGGACGGAAAGAAGGUGGAGGUGCCAGAGUAUGAUUAUAUCACAAACUCUAUAAGCAACCGCUCGCACACCAUCUACCCGGCGGACGUGGUCCUGAUCGAGGGCAUCCUUGUUUUCUACUUCAAGGAAGUUAGAGAACUCUUUCACAUGAAGUUGUUUGUUGACACGGAUUCCGACACCCGGCUCGCUAGGAGAGUACCUCGCGACAUCAUGGAGCGUGGCCGCGACCUGGAACAGGUCCUCAACCAGUACAUGAACUUUGUGAAGCCCGCCUUCGAGGAGUUCUGUCUGCCGACAAAGAAGUUUGCUGACGUCAUCAUACCGAGAGGCGCUGACAAUCUAGUGGCCAUUGACCUUAUCGUGCAUCACAUUUGGGAUAUUAUGUAUAAGAAGCGACCGGCGAAGAUUAGCAACGGUUGUAACGGUCAUAUCGAGGAGGAGGGGAACGGCAGGCGGCUGUCCGGCAGCUCGGAGGACACGCUGAGCCGAUAGUGACCGCGGACCAGACCCCGCACCCUGGUACUGCACACGGAGACUGGCCAGUUGCUCCUUCAUGGAUCUUCCAUCGUAGUUUUAACGAAGAUUUAUGAAUCGAAAAUCGGAUAUUCUCCACGUGUCGUAUGAAGGUGAAGGUGACCACGACCAGCUCGCGACCGGAUCGAAGAUGGCGUGUGUAUAUAUUAAAUAUAUCUGUUAUAUUAGUGUCGAAUAGAAAGCUCCACGCGGAGCCUCCUCACCGCCCCAGUGAUGUCGUUCUUCCUGACAAGGUUCCAGUUACUUUUACUAUAGCCACAUAUACUGAUCAGACUUUGUUUUAGAUUCAUCUGGUUUCCAAGAUCUUAAUUUAUAAGCUGAGCACACACGUGGGAUUCGAUUUAGUAUUAUUUACUAACAUUUGCUUACAUUUUUGUAGCACAAUUUUUUAGAAAAACAAACCUUGAUUAAAAUACAGAAUAUAAAUUUCAUCUGUCAUUGAUAUAUAAAAAAAUCGGUAUUCUAUUACAAACUGAAUACCCGACGGCACAAACAUUGCAUCAUAAGUCUUGCACAAAUAUUCGGUAACGUUUCCAACACGUGUGUCCUAACCUUUACAACUAACCUGUAUUAUUUAAUAGUAAGGAAAUGUAUAUAUAAGGCUGAAACGAAAUUUAGUUUAAGGAAGCGGUGUUCAUUAUUUUUCUAGAACAGUUCGAAGUCUGUGUUCAAACAUUAACUUUUAAAUACAGUUUGUAUAAUCUGUUCAGCACGUCACUGCGACGGCGGCAGUGAGUUGGCGCGUUAUAAUCUGUUUCUCUUCCGGUAUGCAUUUAUAUUUUUAUUAAAAAAACGAUUUGCAUUCGAAUCCAUAGCAAAUGAUUUAAAGUUAAUUAAUAAUACUCCACAAAUUAACUACCAAGCCUGGUUAUUUAAAUAGGUAUAUUUUUUAUACUUUUCUGUUGUAAUUAUUAUUUGACUCAGACAAAUUUGAGCGCUACAAAGCAUUACUCUUAUGGUAACACUGCAUUUACAAAUGUUUUGAUCAUUUUAUCAGAAUUUCAAAUUAUAUUCGAUAGUCUCGUCUAUAAUUAAAAAAAAAAAUACACCAGCGAUCUCCACCCGAAUUCCAAUAACCAUGUGAUAAAAAAAAUUAUUAAGCGUAUACAAUCCCAGGGUAGCCGUCAGCGGCGGCGACCUCUCGCGUCCGCCCUUAGUUCAGGCCAUGGUGCGGAGCAAGAGGCACUGGGAAGCCGUCUCCUCCUGCGAAGCAGUCAUGCUAGCUAAGGAGGAUGCGGAGCGCGUGAGGGAAUGAUCCUCCUCACGCCCCAGCCGCCGCAGGGGACGCUCCAGGCGUUGGGGAUCGCGAGACGAUCUCCAGCCACCGUAAGCGCGGGUUUGCGGACGGCGAGCAAGGGUAGCUUGUCGCCCGAUCAAAACCAGACCUAAGCGUACGGCGUGUAGCGUACCAUCAUAUCACCACAGAUGGGGCCCUAGAGCCGUUGCCAAGCCGGGUUGCGGUUGCAAGCGCAAUGAUGUACCGUGGCCUGGCUCAGAGCAGGAGGGGUUUUUAGUCAGUAAGAGUAUGACACUCCCUCUUGCCCCACCCAGGACAAGAGGGGUCAUAUGAUGAUUUUCCCCUUUAUAAAAAAAAACCACGUAUACUAUACAAAAUAUUAUAUUGUACAUUGUAAGUUAAGGCGCUAUUAUAAACAUGUAAAAAAAGGUAAAAACAUGUACAAGCAGCACUUACUGUACACCUAGUAAAUGUUCAUCGUGAAUCGAAACUGACAGUUAAGAGUAUUUAAUUGACGAUGCCAUCUACUAGGGACUCAUGUUGCUUCUCAAUUAGACUUGUAAGUUGAACUUCGAGUAUCCUAUUUUAUUAAAUAAUUUAAGCGUAAUUUUAUGUUAUGAAUACUUUUUUUAAUGUCUCAAAGGUUACUAUAAUGUCACGCGUCAUCUACAGAUAUAGAUUUUUUUCGUUUGAAUAAAAUACAAGUUCUUUGUAAUAGUAGUAAUUACAAAAUUUAAUGUCAAAAUUUAUUUUAUUCAUCUGUUAGUUAAAUUUAAAUGGUUUCAUAUCAAAAACCGUGUGACAUUGACAGCUGUCAUUCUGAAGGCUGUCAUUAAUUUCCAAAAUUUACAAUGUCUAUGUAUUUAUGUCUUAAGGGUUGUUCUAAUAUACACGAUGCAUAUUCCCUGUGUAUUACUGUAAGAGUUUCAGGUUGUCUUAUUUUAUGUUAAGAAACAUUUUUAUUUUAUUUCAAUUCUGAUAUAUUGUCACACCCCUCAGUGUUGACGUGAAUUUGACAGUGAUUGUUUUUUUCUUUUUUAUUUGUGAUUUUUUUUAAAUCAAACUAUAUAAUUAUUCUAAAUUGUUUUAAGCACAAUUCUCGUAAUUUGUUGGAUGUUAUGUAACAAAUUACAUCGCUUGUUGUUAUAUUGUUAUGUUAUGUGUUAUGAAAUGCAACUACAUGUAACGGAUAUAUAAUAAAGUGUUCGAGAACGU